CCAUCCCCGAACCUGGUCGACCGAUUGGCCCGCGGCAUACCUUUUGUGGAUAUACUUGACAUGGGAUCUCUUCAUUCUUACGAGAAAAGAUCAUUCUCCCCUCAUCGACACUCUCUCGCCUUUCUCGAAACAUAUUCCAACCCACAAUCGACUCGAGAGCAAAACCUGAAUGCUCUCGGAACUCUGCGGGCUUUCGCUCCGCACGCACAAACCAAGAACUUGCCGUAGAACUCGAAAUUUCAAGAUUAGGGAUAACGGCCGAAAAGCCUUCUCCGGCUUGUGUCCGGAGGACGCAGGCAGACUCGAGUUGCCCCUCACCCGGCCUCAGGCGGGCUGGCUGGGGAGCAGCACCUUGCAGAGACUAGGCGGCUCACCACACCCGCUAGGUUUCUCUAUACAUGGUUUCCUAUUUACCGGUGAUAUAUCGGCCCAGUGGAUCUACGCAUCUAUAUACUGUUGUGGCUACGGUCUAGAAAUGCUGUCGCGGUCCGCACUGCACAGCAGCCUCCAACGGGAGCGAUUGGCAUGGAAGAACGGGCUUUUGUACAAAAUGACUUGGCAUCGCCACCUCAUAGAAUUAGACUACAAUAUUAAUAGAGAAAAGGAAUCAAAAAAGCGACCCCUCGGCGAGGGAAAGUAUAUUCUAAUAGACAUGAUGGAAUCAUGAAUAGUACAUAUUAGCGAAUGAUGGGAACAGGGUACCCGAAGAACCAAGAGCUGCCAAAAAAUAUGUGAAGGUAAUAUGAAAAAAGAGAACCAAAAGAAGUUGGCGCGAAGAUCGGAAUGUAUCGUCGACCUUGCAAAUCUAGAAUCUAAAACAGGGUAUCUUUUAUAGUUUGUAUGGUCGAAUAGAAAGUGGAAAGAGAUUAGAACGAUCGUAGGCGCUGGUGAAAAUGCC